AUGUCUUCAACUGCUCAAGCCACAAAAAACACCAUCACCCUGAAGGGUUCCACUGAAAUUGUUGCUGAAUUUUUCGGAUAUAGUAUCAAUAGUAUUCUUUAUCAGAGAGGAAUUUAUCCACCAGAAACAUUCACCAAAGUAUCAAAAUAUGGCUUGCCAAUGAUGGUAACAACUGAUGAACAGCUGAGAAAGUACUUGAGUCAAGUGCUCAACCAACUUUCAAACUGGCUUCUUCAAAAGCAAGUACAAAAGCUUGUUCUUGUCAUUACAAGUGUUAAUAGUUCCGAGGUUUUAGAAAGAUGGCAAUUUGAUUUGGAGGUUGAUGAUAACAUCACUGAAAACGAAGGACACAACACGAAGGAUUUGAAGCAAAUUACAAGUGAAAUUCAAGCUGUAAUUCGUCAAAUCACUGCCAGUGUUACCUUCCUUCCAUUGUUGAAUGAGCCAUGCACAUUCGAUUUGUUGGUUUAUACUUCAAAGGAUAUUUGUACUCCUUUUGCUUGGGAAGAAUCAGACCCAAAAUACAUUACUCAAUCAUCAGAAGUUAGAUUGAGAUCCUUCUCUACAAGUGUUCACAAGGUUGAUACUCUCGUUUCAUACAAGGAUUAG